AUGAAAAGGCAAAAUCAAAGCUCUGUAAUUGAGUUCAUUCUUCUGGGCUUUUCAAACUUUCCUGAACUCCAACAGCAGCUCUUUGUGGUUUUCUUGAUUAUUUAUCUGGUGACCCUCAUUGGAAAUGCCAUCAUUAUAGCCAUCAUCUCACUAGACCAGAGACUCCACGUCCCCAUGUACCUGUUCCUCCAGAAUUUGUCUGUAGUGGACAUGAGUAUCAGUGCAGUCAUUAUACCUGAGAUGCUGGUGGUCUUCUCCACUGAGAAAACACCCAUUUCAUUCAUGAGUUGUUUUGCACAGAUGUAUUUCAUACUUUUUUUUGGUGGGACUGAAUGUUUUCUCCUGGGGGCAAUGGCUUAUGACCGCUAUGCUGCCAUCUGCCAUCCUCUGAGCUACCCAGUGAUCAUGAACAAAAGCACUUUCAUGAAAUUCGUUUUAUUCUCAUGGGGCCUGGGUUUCAUGUUGGGUACUGUGCAAACGUCAUGGGUGUCCAGUUUUCCCUUCUGUGGCCCCAACGAGAUCAAUCACAUCUCCUGUGAAACCCCAGCAGUGCUGGAGCUUGCAUGUUCAGACACCUUUUUGUUUGAAAUCUAUGCGUUUACUGGUACUGUUUUAAUUAUCUUAGUUCCAUUCCUGUUGAUACUCUUGUCUUAUGUUCGAAUUCUCUUUGCCAUCCUGAAGAUGCCAUCCAACACUGGGAGGCAGAAGGCCUUUUCUACCUGUGCCUCCCAUCUUACUUCUGUUACCCUCUUCUAUGGCACAGCUAAUAUGACCUAUUUACAGCCCAAAAAUAGCUACUCCCCAGACACCAAGAAACUGAUAUCUCUGUCCUACUCACUUCUUACCCCUAUGCUGAAUCCACUGAUCUACAGUUUUCGAAACAGUGAGAUGAAAAGAGCUUUGAUGAAAUUAUGGCGAAGAAAAGUCGACUUACACACUUUCUGA